ACCAGCACCAGGACACAACGCAGAAUAGUUUCAUAAGCAGUGCGGACAGGGUCUCACUUGCAGAGAGCUACGCUGAUCAUCUGACGUGGAAUGCUUAUACUUCUAGUCAGGUUGGAAAAUGCUUCGUCAUCAGCUCUGGGCAUCGUGAGCAGCAGGGUGCUAACGCCACACAUAGGGAAAAUGAAAUCUCCAAGUCAGGAAUGACUUUUCCAUCUGCACAAUAUUACACCUCAAGAGACUACAAGAACACCAUUGGCUGUGAUGACACACUUGUUGAGGACCAGAGAUUCCUUGUUGGAAGACAGUGUUUUUUGUGUUUUGAAUGUGGGAAGUCUUUUACCAGAAUUUCUACCCUCUGCAUUCAUCAGAGAGUUCAUACUGGAGAAAGGCCAUACAAGUGUGAGUGUGGAAAAUCUUUUACCACGAUCUCUUACCUUCAUAAACAUCAGCGUGUUCACACUGGGGAAAGGCCUUAUAAGUGCAGUGAAUGUGAAAAAUCUUUCUACAGGAGCUUUGUCCUCCGUAUUCAUCAGAGAGUUCACACUGGCGAACGGCCUUAUAAGUGCAAUGAAUGUGGAAAAUCUUUCAAGUCGAGAGCAGCUCUCUAUCUUCAUCAAAGAGUUCACACUGGAGAAAGGCCUCAUAAGUGCAGUGAAUGUGGAAAAUCUUAUACCAAUAGCUCUGAACUCCGUAUACACCAGAGAGUUCACACUGGAGAAAGGCCUUAUAAGUGUGGUGACUGUGAGAAAUCUUACAGGAGUAGCUCUACCCUCCGUGUUCAUCAGAGAGUUCACACUGGAGAAAGGCCGUAUCAGUGUGGUGAAUGCGGAAAAUCAUUCAACAGUAGGUAUGAGCUUCAUAGACACCAGAGAGUUCACACUGGAGAAAGGCCUUAUAAGUGCGGUAAAUGUGGAAAAUCAUUCAACAGGAGCUCUGCCCUCCAUGUUCAUCAGAGAGUUCACACUGGAGAAAGACCUCAUAAGUGCAAUGAAUGUGGAAAAUCUUUUACCGCUAGCUCUACCCUCCAAAGACAUCACAGUGUACACACUGGGGAAAGGCCUCAUAAGUGCAGUGAAUGUGGAAAAUCUUUCAACAGGAAUUCUGAUCUCCGUAUUCAUCAGACAGUUCACACUGCAGAAAGGCCUUAUAAGUGCAAUGAAUGUGGAAAAUCUUUCAAGUCGAAUGCAGCAGUCUAUAUUCAUCAGAGAGUUCACAAUGGAAAAAGGCCUCAUAAGUGUAGUGAAUGUGGAAAAUCUUUUACUAGUAGUUCUGAGCUCCGUAUACACCAGAGAGUUCACACUGGAGAAAGGCCUUAUGGGUGCACUGAAUGUGGCAAAUAUUUCAGGAGUAGCUCUAACCUCCAAAAACAUAAGAGAGUUCACACGGAGUAAGGACUAAUUGUGGUGAAUGCGGAAAAUCUUACACUAGUUUCUCUGGUCUCUGUCAUCAGAAGAAAGUGCACACUGGAGAAAGCCCUUAUGAAUGCAGUGAACAUGGGAAAUCUUGAACCUGUAGCUCUUCCUUCCACUUUCAUCAAAGUGUUCACACUAGAUAAAGUACCUGUGAGUGCACUAAAUGGGGACAUCCUUUGUGUAUACAAGUUACCUCCAAUACCAUGACAGAGUUCACAGCAAAGAAACGCUUAUGAGUAUGGUGAAUAUGGGAAACCUUUUACCUUUUGCAUUAACUAUGAUGUUACAGAGGCUACACCCAGGAGCAGAGUUUUAUGGCAGCAGGGAAUGUGGAAAUGAUGUUUUAUGAGUAACCUUUGUUAUCCUUGGAGACUUCACUGUGGAAAAAUGCCUCAGGGGUACAGUGAAAGUGGGAAAUCCUUUUUCUGCAGGAGUCCACUCUGUUGUCAUCAGAGAGUUCA